AGGCCAAACAUGAUUUUAAUUUGAAAGUUACGCACCAUCGGAAUAUGAAGAUCACACAUUAUUUGCUCAGGAAACAGUACCCUUUACCAAUUCCCUAAUAAAACCCCGGUGGAUUAGGAGUUCAAGAUUAGCUUUUGAUCAUGGAGAAUUAUUACAAAUCUUCUAGCUGGACUGAUUUCAGUGAUAAAGUAAGCAAUGAUUCUUCUUUCAUAGUCCCAUGGACGAUACCAGUUGAAGAAAUUGCAGAAGAUAAAGCUACAACAGUUUACACAAGUCAUAGUCAAGCUGAGAAACGUCGCAGGGAUCGGAUUAAUGCACAGCUUUCAGCUCUCAGAGAACUCAUCCCCAUGUCUCACAAGAUGGAUAAGGCAGCUUUGCUGAAAUGUGCAGUGGAACAAGUGAAGGAUCUAAAGCGAAAAGCGGCAGAAAUCAGCAAAGCUUUCAAUAUUCCGACAGAAAUGGAUGAAGUAACAGUAGAUUGGGAUCGUCCCCAAGACAUAAAUCCCAACGGUACAAGACAAGGUAACGACAGCAAAGACAAGAUCUUCAUCAGGGCUUCGGUCUGUUGUGAUGACCGACCUGAAGUGUUCACUGAACUCAUCAAAAUCCUCAAAGGGUUAAGGCUAAACACCAUUAAAGCUGAUAUUUCAAGUGUUGGUGGAAGAAUGAAAUGCAACUUCAUCCUUUGCUACAAUAGCAUUGAUGAAGAAGAAGAAGAAGGUGAAGGAGUUUCACCAACCACUCUAAAACAGUCAUUGGAUGUGGUUUUAAGUAGGAUUGCUUCAUCAUCUGAUGUUUCGGAUUAUCGUAUUCGAAGCAAAAGGCAAAGGUUGUUCUUGCUUUCUCAGUUUACACAAUCAAGUUAAUUUAUAUAUAAAAAUAUACACCAUUUCCAAAUAA